AUGGCUUCAGAAGGAAAAUAUAAUCAUGAAACAAGUAUCCCUUCAAGUUUAUGGACACGGGAUCAGUGGUUCAUAACCAUAACAGCCAUGGUGUUAAGUUUGAUCAUGGGAUACUUGGUUUAUGAUGCUGUCAUGUCCACAGCAGCUGAAAUGCUGCAAAGUCUGCUAAUGAUUUCACCUCUGAUCUUGGUCAUUGUGGUUCACUGGCUCUCGGCUCCUAACCGGUUUAGCAUCCCCAUGCCAGGUUCCGAGCCAAAUGCCAUCCAUCGAGCCGGUGGCUCACCAUGGGGUAUAACAUUGAUUCUUGCUCUACUGUUUUUCCUUAUAUCCCACCAGCCUUCCCUUCGUGGUUUUCUUUUUUAG